UGAGCCGCCGCGCGCCAUGCGCUCCCUCAACAUCACCCCGGAGCGGUUCGCCCGGCUGCUGCGGGAGAACAACGUGACGCGGGAGCAGUUCAUCGCGCUCUACGGGCUGCGGCCGCUGGUCUACAUCCCGGAGCUGCCCGGCCGCGCCAAGCUGGCCUUCGUGCUCGUCUGCGUGCUCAUCUUCGCCCUGGCGCUCUUCGGCAACGGCCUGGUGCUCUACGUGGUGACCCGCCGGAAAGCCAUGAGGACCGUCACCAACAUCUUCAUCUGCUCCCUGGCGCUCAGCGACCUGCUCAUCGCCUUCUUCUGCGUCCCCUUCACCAUGCUCCAGAACAUCUCCUCCAACUGGCUGGGCGGUGCCUUUGCUUGCAAAAUGGUACCGUUUGUUCAAUCUGCUGCAAUUGUUGCUGAGAUUCUGACGAUGACCUGCAUUGCUGUGGAAAGACAUCAGGGAAUUGUGCAUCCAUUAAAAAUGAAAUGGCAGUACACCAACAGAAGAGCUUUCACAAUGCUGGGAAUAGUUUGGUUGCUGGCAGUUAUUGUUGGGUCACCUAUGUGGCAUGUGCAGCGACUGGAGAUUAAAUAUGACUUUCUGUAUGAAAAAGAGCAUGUUUGUUGUUUGGAAGAGUGGACCAGUGCUGUUCAUCAAAAGAUAUAUGCCACCUUCAUUCUUGUCAUACUCUUCCUUGUUCCACUGAUGCUGAUGCUUCUGCUCUACAGUAAGAUUGGAUAUGAACUCUGGAUUAAGAAACGAGUGGGAGAUGCUUCCGUUCUUCAAACCAUCCAUGGGAAUGAAAUGUCUAAAAUAUCAAGGAAGAAGAAGCGAGCAAUCGUUAUGAUGGUGAUGGUGGUGGUUUUAUUUGCAGUCUGCUGGGCCCCUUUCCAUGUGAUUCACAUGAUGAUAGAAUACAGUAAUUUUGAAAGUGAGUAUGACGAUGUCACAAUCAAGAUGAUUUUUGCAAUUGUUCAGAUCGUUGGGUUUUUCAAUUCCAUUUGUAACCCUAUGGUCUAUGCCUUUAUGAACAAGAACUUCAAGAAAAAUUUCCUCUCUGCAAUCUGCUUUUGUACCGUCAAGGAAAACCCAUCCCCUUCCAGGCGACCUGGAAACUCGGGGAUUACUAUGAUUCAGCAAAAGGCAAAUCUUUUUCAAAGAGAGCCCACUGCUUUAGAGGCUAGGAGAGAAGCAUUCAGUGAUGGUAACAUUGAAGUCAAAUUCUGCGAUCAGCCAGCUGCAAAAAAGAAUACAAAAAGGCACCUUGCUUUGUUUGCCUCUGAACUCACUGUGCACUCUGCAUUAGAAAAUGGACACUAGUGUCAUGAACAGACUUGCUUCCUAUCUUUGAUAUCUUUCAACAAACCAUUUUGUUUUAUUUUUGUACUUUGCACACUGAAGUGAGAAAAGAGAAUAUAUUUUAUGGAUUACGAUGUUAGAAUGUUCUCAAAACAGUAAUAUAUUUUAGAGAGAUUAAGAAUAAAACUUUGGAAAACAAGUUCCACUAUGAUUCCUCAAAAUAUUUUUCUUCUGCCAAAUUCUGGCUGACUGGGGUUUACCCCCAAAUGAGGACAAACUCACGCUGUUUUUCUAUUAACAACUCUGUUUACUUUGUGCCUGUGUUCUGGCUGGCCAAGGGACUGUGCAUAGCUGACUCUACAAAUUGCCUGAAGGUAUUAUCAGUGGGGUGAGUACAUACUAGUUCUGAGCAGGUCUGGAUUCUAUAUGGAACAUGCUACUUCUACUGAGACCCACCCUCUGCAGCUCAGUGGACAAAGGCUCUGGAGAAGGCACAUCAGGCGUAUUAUACAUUUCUCUUUUGCUACGUAGGCCAGACAGAAUUUUUCUGUCUAAAGUAAGACUUAAGCACACCAUACAUACUAAGGCUUUUUAAAAGGGAAGUCAAUUUGAUAUCUACAAUGUACUUCUUGCAUGUGUCUAUCUGAUGUGCUGUCAUCAUAGGAUAAUUAGCUGAAUACAAAUAUGAAUAUUACAGUGGACUGGCCUGUAAACUGCAUCACUUCCAUUGUCAAGAAGUUCAGUUAAUCAGUAAAAUGCAGAUUGUGUUCCCUAAAAAAUAGUUGAGUUUAAGGUCCUAAUUCAGAUACCUUGUCUGACUAAACUGUAAGGGUACAUCUACACUGUGGCGCUAUUUCGGGAUAUGUCUAGUAUCCCGAAAUAGCUAUUCCACAUCUUUGA